UAUCCCCUCAGUCUGACUCCGCUUUCCCGCGACGAGAGAGGACGAAGAUGUCAGUCCUUCAAUCGACGGCUCCCAUCUUGUUCUCCCUAAAAAUACACUCUGAAAACCCUCAUUCCCCGAUCUUAUUCCCAACUCCUAAAAAACCUCAGCAAAUCCAUCGGCCCUAUCUUCGCUGCUCAGCUUCUUCAGCUCGGCCUAAUUCAGAGCAACGCCCCAAUUCCAAACCUAAUCCAACCCCUAGAAAGAAAGGCCGUCCCCCUAAACACAAAGAACCACCCCCCGAGACAUCCACUUCGUCCGAAUUCUGCAAUAACUUUCCGACGACGAUACCCCGUAAGCCCCGGCGCGGACGUCGGAGCGAGGCUGUUGCAGUGGAGGACUACAUUCGAGGGAGGCUGGAGCAGGUGUUCGCUUCUAUCAGAGAGCAGAAUGCUGAUGUGCUUGAGGGGAAACGGGAGGUUUUGAAGCAGAGAGUUCAGGAGGCGAAGGAGGAGGAGCGGGAGAUGGAGGAGGAGAAGGUGCACGUGUUGGAAGAGGAGAAUCCAAAUUGGCCGGUGGAUGCGGACGUCGGAUGGGGCGUAAGAGCUUCAGAGUACUUUGAGAAGCAUCCCAUCAAGAAUGUGGUGGUGGACGGUGUCGAGAUCGAUUGGGAGGGGGAGAUGGAUGAAGGAUGGGUGCAAGAGAUUACUUGCUUGGAGUGGGAGAGCUUCGCUUUCCACCCCAGCCCCCUCAUUGUUCUGGUUUUCGAACGCUACAACAGGGCCGCUGAUAACUGGAAGCUUUUGAAGGAAUUAGAGAAGGCAGCCAAGGUGUACUGGAGUGCCAAAGAUCGUUUACCCCCUCGGACAAUCAAGAUUGACAUGAACAUUGAGACAGACUUAGCUCAUGCUCUGAAAGUCAGAGAAUGCCCACAGCUAUUGUUCUUAAAGGGAAACAGGAUUGUGUAUAGAGAAAAAGAAAUGAGAACGGCAGAUGAAUUAGUACAUAUGAUAGCCCAUUUUUAUUACAAUGCUAAGAGACCUUCAUGUGUUGAUCCAGCAGCUGUAGCUCCCUUAAUUUGAUUGUCAUGUUGUGCUAAAAGGUUCAAAUGCUUGGGGUUGGCCAUAAAAUUUCUGUAGCAGCAGCUUUCUCAGGCUUAAUUAUGGUUAGAGCUUAAUUAUGAUUAGAUUCAAAUAUUUGACGAAAUUAUCUCUUCUUUCAUGCAUUAAAUGUCAUGAUUUUAAUUGAAUUAUUUGGCUGGCUGUUUUC